AUGAAGCUGAACAUCUCUUACCCUGCCAAUGGCAGCCAGAAGCUCAUUGAGAUCGAAGAUGAGCGAAAGAUCCGUGACUUCAUGGAGAAGCGCAUGGGCGCUGAAGUCCCCGGAGACAACCUCGGCGAUGAGUUCAAGGGCUACAUCUUCCGCAUCACCGGCGGUAACGACAAGCAAGGUUUCCCGAUGAAGCAGGGUGUCAUGCACCCUACCCGUGUCCGUCUCCUACUCUCCGAAGGCCACUCCUGCUACCGCCCCCGCCGCACCGGUGAGCGCAAGCGAAAGUCCGUCCGUGGCUGCAUUACCGCCAUGGAUCUUUCCGUCCUCGCCCUUUCCGUCGUCAAGCAAGGCGAGAACGAGAUCCCCGGUCUGACCGACACCGUCCACCCCAAGCGCCUCGGCCCCAAGCGUGCCACCAAGAUCCGCCGCUUCUUCGGUCUCAGCAAGGAUGACGAUGUCCGCAAGUACGUCAUUCGACGAGAGGUCCAGCCCAAGAAGGAGGGCAAGAAGCCUUACACCAAGGCCCCCAAGAUCCAGCGCCUGGUUACUCCCCAGCGUCUCCAGCACAAGCGUCACCGCAUUGCGCUCAAGCGAAGACAGUCCGAGAAGGUCAAGGAUGAGGCCAACGAGUACGCCCAGAUUCUGGCUAAGCGUGUCGCCGAGGCCCGUGCCCACAAGGCUGACGCUCGCAAGCGUCGCGCAAGCUCUAUGCGCAAGUAA